AUGAACACGUCUCCUUACAUCCACAACUGCGACGACUCAAAGGGACCCUGGACCGUCAGCAAGCGAUGCUCACUCUGCAAUCCAGCCCGCAAAGACGCAGGCAAAAAGCCCGGCAAGUCCGCCGCCUUUACCCACCACCUCCGCCGCGCCACUAACAAGCUCAAACGCCGCAUACCACGGCCGUCACAUUCCAUCUGCUCAGAGUGCGGUGACGAGGGCCGCGCGAUAGUGACACUCGCCGAACCAGACUGGAACCCGGCGCCAGAAGCCGAGUCAGAAUCAUCGUCAUCCGGUUCUGCUGCUACUACUACCCGCCAACGACCAGUUGACAACAUAGGUCCCAUGAACGAAACCCCAGACGACUUCGUAUACAAGUCGUUGAUUCCGGAAGAUCACGAGUACCACGACGCGAAACCCGCCGGAGUGGACGAGUGGUUCUGGAGCAGCGGUUCCGGAGAGAGCUACGACACCCGGUUCCCUCCCCCCUCGCUCGCAAAGAGACUCAUCUACAGGUUCUGUUGCUUCUGUGUCGUCAGCAUGGUUGCGCCGAAGCUCCUGAAGCUGGCGGAAUCGGAGCGCCGCAAGAGGGAGGAGGAGGGUUGGGACAGACUCCAGCGGGCUAAACGCCGUUCUCGCCCCUGGAUCCGGAUGAGCGAUUGGAAGGCUAUCCGGGCCGCCGAGGAGGAGCAGCGACAGCGUGCAAAAGAUGAGGUCGACGUAGCUAGUGGUCUCGAUACUAUCGUAGAGGAGACAGUGGCUGAAGACGAAUGCGAAUUAGUCCAAUCAGGGGUUUUCGACUCGGACAGGCGGGCUUCACGGUAG